AUGUCUGGUACGAGAACUCAUAACACCUUCAACUUCCGUUCUCUUGUCUCCUCUCGCAAGUACGGCGCAACAUUACGGACCCUGUGCUUACGACGGGUGUGCUAUUCCACCUGCGAUGACUUGACACGAUUCCUCGAGGCCUUUCCUGCCCUGAUGGACCUGCGCUGCGAACGCAUCACCUUCGGAAAGCCUGGAAACCUCUUCAGGAGAAUCGACGUCGGAAUCGCGAAGGAGGCCGUUGACAUGCUCUUGGAAACCCACGCGCGAGUAGAUGCCCUCGAGGAGAUAAUCCUCGAUGUGAUGAACAUAUCUCCGGACAACGCGGGACGCUUCAUAACCUUCAUCUCCCAGUUGCCUCGCGUACGCUGCCUGACCCUCAGUCUUAGGUUGGGCCGCGACGACAAGGAGAUGCUUCGGGGACUUAGUCAUAUGCUCCAAGUCUUGAGGGAGCUAUUCAACUCGUCGGUGUUGACAAGCACUUCGCCUGGAGUGGUGGUCCAGCUUGUUACUGCAGCUCCAGGGCACUUCGAUCACGCACUCUCCAAGGCAGACGCCAUUCAGAUACGCCGGGAGUUGGAGGGCCAGCUUCUCCGCAUCCCUCUUCAGCGAAUGAUACUCUACGUCUGGAACAUCAAAGCCAAUAGAGAACAAUUUUGGAUAAGUGAACUCGAGCAUGAUUUUCCAAGACUACGUCCAAGUGGUCUACUUAUGUCUCGUGCGGACCGAGUAUUCACCAACAUCGGUCAUGACGACAUUGUCUCUACAUUCACCGUCUCUCCAGACAGCAAGUAG